AUGGGAUUGCGCACCACGAUGGGAGGGUCGGUGAUCGUUUACCUGCUCUUGGCGACGGCGGCGUUGAAUCAAGUUAGCACACCUGCGUGCUCCUGCGUCCGUGCCUUUUCAUCCCACUCCGGCAUUUCGCUGCACUCCCUUGGGUCUAAUGCCUUGACCCCCUUUCCCCCAAGCAGGUACCGCAUCGCCGCCUCCGCCGCCUCUGACCUCGCUCGCAACCUCUCUCCCUCUUCUCGCGUCGACCCAACGUUAACCUACUUUCUCCGUUUUUCUCUGCAUACCAACCGGUUCGACGUGCUCCAGCGCUCCAUUCAUCUCAUCCUUCAAGCGCCCACAUCAUCCGCAUCCGAUACAUCGCACCUGUCAAUAGGUAUCCCACAGCCUGGUUCUCACACGGUCUCAAACUCCGACCCCCCGAAGCCCCGAACCCUUCCAAGACCCACACCCGACCACCCGACACCUCCGCGCGCUAGUCUUCGCAGCAACUCUCUAACUCUCACCAACCACAGACUUACCCGCGUGCCCCUCCUCCGCUGCUCCGCCCUCACACCGACCCACGCUCCAACACCCGGAUCGCCCUUUCGACCCUCCGCGUGUGUCAGUCCCACCAACCACAGCACCAAGUCCCAAUCGGAACCACGAUCCACAGCUGGCCCUCUGUCGAGCCUGCUGUUGCUGCUUGCCUUUGACUCACUACCGUUCCAAGAGUAG